GCCAACAAUUUUUCAUGUGUCUUCAAAUAAUUUAAAUUAUUACUUAUUAUAAUUUAUAAUAUCUUUGAGCAAUUUUCAAGUAUAUAAUAAAUUAAAAAUAAAUAUAAAAAUAAGUCAAUUAAAAUAAAAUAAAAAAUUAUAAAAUACCCAUCAAAUUAGCAAAAGAUCUGUAAUUAUUUUGUGUUUCAUAGUAGUAAAUUGAUUUUCCGGUUGUCUGAUUUCAGGACCUCUCUACUUUCUUCAGCUCAGAACAUGUCAACCGAGAAGGCCCCGCUUGAGCAAACAUCACCUGUUGUUGCAUCAUCAUGCCGAAAAAAGAAGUCUGAAAGUGCCACAUUUUUGGAGGAUGUAAAGGAUCAUAUUGAUGAGUUUAUACACGCUUCGAUGGAUGAACACAAAUCUUGCUUUAAGAAGACCAUCCAGAAGAUGUUUGGGAUGUCUAAAGUUGUUGCUGAAAGAAAUGCUGAACCAAAGGAGGUUGAGAGCUCACUUCCUCUCCGAACUGUUGUAUCUGAGUAAAGAUUCCGAUGUAGAGGUAACGAGGGCGCGACUGGAAGGUCAAAAGGUGCAUGCAGUCUAAAGCCUAUCCAUAUCAAGAUUUAUUGCGCUAUCCACAUGUAUAAAUAAGCAAUCAUUUGAGACUCUCUCUUGCCUAAGAAGCCUUUCUGUUUUUCCAUCUGCUGUUUUUACCUCCCAUGACAUGUCUAGACAAAAUAAGGGGUGUUACAAUAACUUGAUGAUCCUCCAAAGUGAUCGUUGGAUCCUUUGUUUUUAUGUUUUGAGCUCUGUUUUGCUGCCAA